GCCUGUCAGACACGGUCAGACUACAAGAGGUCCUACAGCGAAUACCUUGUCUAUGUCCAGAGGGCUAAAGGAUCCGUUUUGAGGCCUGGUAAAAAUGGCUGAAGCAGCACUAAGCAGUCAGGAUCCAUGUCAAUGUCCGGUGUGCCUGGAUCGGUUGAAAGACCCAGUCACUAUAGCUUGUGGACACAGUUAUUGUAAGAGCUGCAUUGAUGGUUGCUGGAAUCAGGAGGACCAGAAAGGUUUGUAUAGCUGUCCACAGUGCAGAGAGACGUUCAGCCCAAGACCUGUUCUGAAGAAAAGCACAGUGUUGGCUGAGCUGGUAGACAAACUGGAGACUGCUGAGACACAAGAGGCUUCCUCUGGACCCUGCAUUACUGGAGACGUAGAGUGUGACUUCUGCAUAGAGGAAAAGCUCAAGGCGGUCAAAUCCUGCCUGGUGUGUCUGGCAUCUUUCUGUGAAACCCAUGUCCAGCCUCACUAUAAAUCUGCUGCCUUUAAGAGGCACAAACUGGUCCAGGCGUCUGCACACCUUCAAGAGAAGAUCUGCUCUCAGCAUGACAGACUUCUUGAAGUGUUCUGUCGCACUGAUCAGAAAUGUAUCUGCAUGUUGUGCACAAUGGAUGAACAUAAAGGUCAUGACACCGUCUCAGCAGCAGCAGAAAGGAAUGAGAAACAGAUGACAUUGGAGGAGACGAGGAAGAAAUCCCAGCUGCAAAUCCAGACGACAGAGAAGGAACUGCAGGAGCUGAAAAAGGCUGUGGUGUCUCAUAAGAACUGCGCUCAGGAGGCAGUGAAAUGCAGUGAGACAAUCUUCAGGGAGCUGCUCCAGUCCAUUGAAAGGUGCCGUACUGAGGUAAUUCAGCUGAUCAGAGAUAAGGAGAAGGCAGCGGUGAGCCAGGCUGACAAAGUCAUAAAGGACCUGGAGCAGGAGGUUGCUGAGAUGAGAAGAGUACUGGCUGAGCUGGAUCAGCUCUCACAUGAAGAGGACCAUGUCCAUUUCCUCCAGAGUUACCAGAACCUCCGUCCGGCUGCCGUAUGUAAACGUGUCACUUUCGGUCCAAACCUGUCAUUUGAAGACCCGAAGCUCGCUCUCUCUGCCCUCAAAAAGAAAGUAGAACAAGUUUUGAAUCUUCGAAUGGCAAAGAUUACGAGACAAGAAGUUGCUUUAGCUCUGGAGUCACCCAAGGCUAAUUGUUGGGGAGUUGAUGUUCCAGAAUGGGAAGCUACAAAUUGGGGUGAAGAAAUUAUAUUGGAAGAACCCAAGGAGGCUAAUUGUUGGGGAGUUGAGGUUCCAGAAAGAGAAGCUACAAAAUGGGAUGAAAAAAAUAUAUUGGAAGAACCCAAGGAGGCUAAUUGUUGGGGAGUUGAGGUUCCAGAAAGAGAAGCUACAAAAUGGGAUGAAGAAAUUAUAUUGGAAGAACCCAAGGAGGCUAAUUGUUGGGGAGUUGAGGUUCCAGAAGGAGAAGCUACAAAAUGGGAUGAAAAAAAUAUAUUGGAAGAACCCAAGGAGGCUAAUUGUUGGGGAGUUGAUGUUCCAGGAUGGGAAGCUACAAAUUGGGGUGAAGAAAUUAUAUUGGAAGAACCCAAGGAGGCUAAUGAUGAGGAGUGUUAUGAGAGCAUGGGAAAGCAAGGAGGAGCAGGGUGGAAAUCAUAUAGAGGAUAUGAGGGUGGUACAAAAUAUGGAUCGUCAGUGGAUGGACCAACCAUGAAUCUAUAUGGAGAAGAGGAACAAGAACUAGAAUGGUGGCCAGCAAAAGUAUGCCUUCCUAAUCCUUCCAAAUCUAUGUGGCAACAGAGCAAGGCAGGCUCAAGAGAAGGACCAAAUGGCAAUCACAAAACACUAACUGGAGGAAAGGUUGUGGGAGACCAGCCAGAUGGAACGAUGACACACUAUACACAGCAUACACGCCUUCCUGGGUUUAAACAUUGUGGCAGCAUAGUCAUCAACUAUCAAAUUCACGGUGGCAUUCAGUCGCGCAAACAUCCCAAGCCAGGUCGAUUGUUCCAAGGUACACAUAGAACAGCUUACUUGCCAGACAACAAGAAAGGGAGGGAGGUACUGGCACUCCUGAAGAAGGCCUUUGACCAGAGGUUGAUAUUUACAGUGGGCACUUCACGCACCAGUGGCAGGGAUGACUGUGUGACCUGGAAUGAUGUCCAUCAUAAAACCAACAUCCAUGGAGGAGCACAAAAUUUUGGCUACCCGGAUGAUGACUACCUGAAGAGAGUUCGAGAUGAACUCAAAGCCAAAGGCAUUGAGUGAAGAAGCUGCCAUAAUAGGAGCUUAGAUGCCAACAGCAAGGGUGGAUUUCUGUGAUACUAUCCAAGUAUUUAGUCCUUUAACCUUUCUGUUGUUAAGAUUACUUACAUAUUUGAUUAAUAUCAGGCUGUUUGCGUUGUGUGUGAUCAUAGCAAUGUAGGGAACUAGCAGGGAAAUGUUCAAAGUUUAUUCUAUUGAAAAUGUGUAUGUUUUUCUUGCUGUCUUUUUUUUCUAGUAUCUCGUGAUGGAGUACUAUAUAUGAAGGGAUCUUCAAAUCAACUGCCGUUAUCUAUUGUUUAACUGAGAUUAAUUUGUGUAAUGUCUUAGAGGUAUGAGGGAAAAUAUAAUAGAAAAUGUUUGUUGCCAUUAUGAAUAAUAAAUAUGCAACUGCCA